GAAGUGCUCGGUUUAUUACUUGGCCAAAUAGCUGUUCUAUCGAUGCAACGCUUCUUUAAGGCUAUGCCAAAAUUAUGGAUUCAAAAAUAUUUACAUCCCUUUGUGCGACAAUUUCUUCGAUGUGAUGAGUCGCCCGAUACUGUAUCGCAAACAACAUCAAUCAAUGUUCCAAUUUCAUCUUCAACAUGUCAACAGUUUCUGAGAUUUCACAUGAAAAUGCAAAUUAUCAUUGAUUUAAUUAAUCAAGCAUUUCUAAAAUUGCACAACUAUGAUAAGCAAUUGAUAAGAUUUGAGGAAACAUUCAUUGGCUCAACGAUUAUACUAAUUAUCAUUUUUGGUAUUCUUCUAACCGUACUGCUAUGGUUACGACGUUUAUCAUAUGCAAUACCACAUGGAUUUUCACAAAAUUUUACAGAAAAACGAUAUGAAUGGGAAGAUUCAUCCUCAAAAGAAAUGAAAACACAAAACAAAGUAUUAGCACCAGAAUUAUCAUUUCUUGCUGUUAAAUUUACAUCGAACUUGGAUAAUUUAGGUGAAAAGUCGAAAAAAGUAACCGAAAAAUCACAAAACAAUUUAUCAUUGAACAUAGCAUCUGUGACAUCUGAAAUUAAUUUAUUCAAUAACUCAAUUAAUCCAACAACAAUUGCUAAUACAAAUAAAUUUGAAAUUGCUUUUAAUCAAAAUGAACAGAUAAAUAGAACAAAGGAAAUUGUUAUUGGAAAUGAAUCUAAUACAGAUGGAAAUACAGAAAUGUUAUUUACCGUACACAGACAACGAUAUGAGCAAACUUGCAAGAGUAAUUUAUCAGAUAGUUUUAACAGUUUUAGCAAUCAUCAAAUGAAACAAAGAAUUUAUGAAGUAAAACGACAGGUAAGU